GAUAUAUCACUUUAUGUGCAAUAUCCAAGCAAGAAACUCAAAGUAAGAAAGAAAGAUGGCAGCCAUAACAAGUGGUUAUGACAGAGUAAAAGCAGUGAAGGAAUUCGAUGAGUCCAAAAUGGGAGUAAAAGGUCUCUCUGAUUCAGGUAUCAAAACAAUUCCACAAAUUUUCAUUCAUCCACAACAAACCCUUUCAGACAUAAAAUCUACCUCCAAACAAACCACUUCAAUUCCACUCAUCGAUCUCUCCAACGUAGCUUCACCAAAUCACCGACCAAACAUCAUCAAACAAAUCAAAGAAGCAGCCAAAACAUGGGGAUUCUUCCAAAUCAUAAACCACAACGUAAACGUGUCAAGUCUCGACAACACAAUCAAUGCCAUCGAAUCUUUCCAUAACCAACCACACGAAACAAAAUCCAAAUACUACAAACGAGAUGAAGGACGUGGAGUGAUGUAUGCAAGCAACAAUGACUUGUAUAGAACCAACGCUGCCAGCUGGCAUGAUUCUCUGCAAGCGUGGAUGGCACCGGAGGCACCGAAAGCCGAGGAGUUGCCGGAGAUUUGUCGUAAGGAGAUGGUUGAAUGGGAUUUUCAUGCGGCCGGAGUUGCUGAAGUGGUUUUUGAGUUGCUCUCUGAAGGUUUGGGAUUGGAACGUGGAAAGUUGAAGGAGUUGAGUUUUUGUGAAACGAGGGUGAUUGUGGGACAUUGUUAUCCUUAUUGUCCUCAACCAGAUUUGACUAUGGGUAUUACACCGCAUACAGAUCCUUGUGCUAUUACUUUGUUGUUGCAGAAUCAGGUUCCGGGAUUGCAGGUGAAGUAUGAAGGUGAGUGGGUUGAUGUUAACCCGGUUCAAGGUGGUAUCAUCGUUAAUAUUGGCGACUUUCUCCAGAUAAUAUCCAAUGGAGAGUACAGUAGUGUACAACACAGGGUGUUGGCUAAUUCAAAUAAAAAAUCGAGAAUCUCAAUAGUUAUGUUCUUGAAUUUGAGUAAAUGGAGAGGAGAAGGUUACCAUGGCCCUCUUCCUGAGUUGCUGUCCCCGGAGAAACCACCGGUUUAUCGAGAUUUCACUACACAGGAAUUUAUUGAGAACUUUUAUAGCAAGGGAAUUGACGCUAAGUCUUUCGUAGACAAGGUUAAAAUUCAAAACUGAAACGCAACUACAUAUAAUAAACAUGCCAAAGUGUUUAAGUUUUCUACAUAAGGGAUGUAGAAUUAUCCUUAUAGAUCAUGACCUUGCUCUUGACUUUCUUGCACAAAAAAUAGAUAGUUUUUGUUUUGUUUUUGUGUGUUUCCGUGUUAGGCAUUGCUUCGUAAAAAUAUCUAUGAUUUGUUUUGCUUGGAAGGGAAAUGUCUAUUAUGCCUUCGUUUAUGACAUGCAGGAUGAAUACUAUAAAAUUGAUUUGUUUAUUAA